AUGAAUAUUGACAGUGACGAUAUGAUGGUCGAGCAAGGUACCGCGACCAAAGCAACCAUUUCAAGCAAUGUAUUUGAUUUGGACGCUUACAUCAACCAAUAUACAGGAUACACAAAGAUUCAACGUCUCUUGUUUAUCGCCGACGUAUCAAAGGAGUUUGAAAAGGUUGCUACUGAUCUUGCUCAAAAGGAGAUUAAAAAGACACCCAACGUAGAGUUGUAUGGCAACUUGUGCACCAAGAACAACUUGGUCACCUACGACACUCAAUGGGUUGAGUCUACCAUCAAAAAGAAUGCUAGUCAAAUCGAAAAGUUGGAACAAGACCUCAAUACUGCAAAGUCAAACAUGGUUAAAGAUGCUAUUAGAGUAUGUGUAGAAAGUUUUACCUAUCUAAUCUAUCUUUUGGCACACAAUGAAUUAGGAGACUUUUAUUAUCAUAGUGGAGAUUUUGCCAAUGCUCUCAAGUGUUAUAUUAGAACUAGAGAUUACUGCACUGCCUCUAAGCAAGUGUUGACCAUGUGCUUUAAUAUCAUUCGUGUAGGUGUUGAUAUGAGCAACUAUAUCCACGUCAUCAACUAUAUCACCAAGGCCGAGCAAACACCCGACCUUUCACCACAAUCAACUGCCAAGCUUCGUGCUGCUAUGGGUCUUUCAAGUCUUGAAAAUGCAAAGUACUCUCAAGCUGCAAAGAAAUUCAUUGAAGCUCCAUUUGAUAUUUCUGGUAAUCUUUCUGAUAUGAUUUCACCACAAGAUAUUGCAAUCUAUGGUGGCCUUUGUGCUUUGGCUUCAUUUGAUAGAAGUGAAUUAAAGAGAAAGGUUAUUGAUAACAGUGUCUUUAGAAACUAUUUGGAAUUGGUUCCUGAAAUUAGAGAAUUGAUAAACGAUUUCUACAAUAGCAAAUAUAGUUCAUGUUUAAAUUAUCUUGAUAAAUUAAAGGUAAACUCAAAUCUUAAAAGAUAUCCAACUCUUCAAUUGGAUAUUCAUUUACAUGAUCAUAUUGAUAAAUUAUACCAAAAGAUUAGAAGCAAAUCACUUGUUCAAUAUUUUUCACCAUUCUCAUCGGUCGAUCUCAAUGCCAUGGCCGCCGCAUUCAACACUACUGUUGGAGCACUCGAAAAGGAGAUUAGCAAGUUGAUCAUGGAAGAUUCCAUCUCUGCAAGAAUCGAUAGUCACAACAAGCGUCUCUAUGCCAGAAAGACCGACCAACGUUCAGUCACUUUUGAAAAGUCGUUGCAAGUUGGUAAGGAUUUCCAAAACGCUGCCAAUGACUCACUCCUCCGUAUGAACAUGCUCAACCACAAUAUCAUCACUCAGGGUCCACGCAAGGACAAUGAAAAGGGUCAUCACGGUGGUAUGGGCGGUUUGGGUGGUUUGGAUCCAUUCCAAAUGCAAAUGGAAAUGAACAAACAACAAGCUCAUCACUUUGCAUUUGUAUUUGUUGUCAUCCAUAUAAAAUCUUCCCUAUCCUUAGAUUGUGUACAUGUUUACAAUGAAAUCAAUGGAUCAUGGAUCACCACCAUUCAUUAA